CCUCUAACCCUGACCACAUACAAAUUUUUGUGGUUCUUUGCACUCUAUCUUCAAGGAACAAUCUCAUGGAACAAGGCAAGUGUGUCGCAAAUGUAGACCAUUCUCUUUAAGUCAUCAUCUUAAUUGAUAGGAGCGCCAACACUCGCUGAUUCAAUGGGCUUUAUCUUCAAUCCUUAUCAGUCAUCAUCGUUCGAGGGCAGUUUAGAGGUGCUGAAAUUACAACGUUAAUAACUAACACCGUUGAAAACAUAACUGAACACUUUUGCCAUGGGAGGGACUACGAGCAAACUCGACGAAAGCUUGCAAAAAUAUGAAGAUCUAACGUACCUGAAUUUCAAGCAAAUCAAAAAUUGCCACAACAGGUUCACAGAUAUUAAAAAAAGAGAAAAUGUCAAUUCCGGAUCUUUGGUUGACUUGACCAAGCCUGUGUGCACUUACGACGAUUUAUUCGAAAGUGUUCCUGAAUUGGGACAUAACCCGUUUCGAGAUCGAAUUUGCGAUGUAUUUUCAUCUGAACAAGGGCGGAAACUGAACUUUUUGGAGUUCUUGGAUAUUUGCUCUGUCUUUAACGAGAACGCUUCCCAAGAGGCCAAAAUUAAACGGGCGUUCCAAAUCUUUGAUUUCGAUAACGAUGGAUUUAUUGGCAAGGGAGAUAUUUCGAAAGUCAUAAAAACAAUUGUCCCAGACGAUAGCAACACAAACUUGAAUAUCACUGAUGCUGUCUCAGAUCAGAGGCUUUUGGUUUCUCUAGAUAUUCAAAGAGUUCGGCGGGCCAGAAGAAAACAAACUGCUUACGAAAUUUCAAGUACAAGAAAUGUUGGAAAAAUCCCCAGAGUUCGCCGAUAACUUUACAUUCGCACUACAGUAACAAGAGUAUGCCAAUAAUUGAAUAAAAAACAUUUGCCGUCAUACAUAUGCGUAAUUUAUGGCGGCAAGCACAAGCAAUGUCAUGCCAUUUUCAUUUUUAUCUUGUUCUGGUUGACCAUUAUUCAAUAAAGCAUGUCAAGAUUCCACA